AUGGCUGGCGAAACCGGCCCUGUGGAGGUCUCGCGAUCCCAUGCGAUGGUGAUUGCGGGACUCUUCGCCCUGGCAUGUUGGAACGUGCUGCAAGUGACGGUUUCGAUAUUCACCACCUUCAGACACUAUCGUGGCCUCUAUUUCUGGAGCAUGCUGAUUUCCACAAUGGGAAUCCUUCUACACACAAUCACCGCUUUUCUUCGUUAUUUUGCACUCGCUCCUAAUUUCCCUAUGUGUAUCCUGAUCUGUAUCGGCUGGUACGCUAUGGUCACAGGCCAAUCCGUUGUGUUGUAUUCACGACUUCAUCUGGUCACCUCAUAUGACCGCUACUCUCGAUGGGUAUUAUGCAUGAUCGUCUUCAACUUCUGCGCCCUGCAUAUCCCCACCACUGUCCUUUUUCUCGGCAUCAAUCGCGGCUUGCAUAGUCUCGAUGAGCCUUUCAAUAUCUACGAACGCAUCCAGCUGGCAGGAUUCGCCGUCCAAGAGACCAUUCUGAGCGGUCUUUAUAUCUGGGAAGCCACGACUACCCUCCGACCCAUUCUCCAAAUGAAGGGCUCCCGGGGACGGAGAGUUCUGGUGAAUCUUGUCGCCGUCAACGCCAUCGCGGUCCUGCUUGAUGCAUCUCUGUUGACGACGGAAUAUACCAACCACUUUGACAUCCAGACCACAUACAAACCGGUCGUCUACAGCAUCAAAUCACUAUUAGAGUUCACUGUAUUGAACAGUUUACUUGUCGUUGUCCGCACGAAUCCAUCGAGCAUCGAAGAUGUCGAGCAGUUGAACAGAGACGAACUCCACAUGGAGAUGCGAUGGAGUGACAACCGCUCGGACCAUGCCGCCACUCCGGGCGUUGGUCAACCACGAUCUGAUAAUAGCGACUACUGCGAUGUCUACCUGACACACGACUCGAUGAGUGUGCGCAAGGCGCAUAACUCCGGUCGAAACCACCUCAGAAACGUGGUGGAUUACUACCAGCAGAUCGGCCAAGAAAAGGCUCAGUCCGUCAUCGAUUCCAUCACCUCAUCCUACGCCGCAGAAGGCCAACAGGUCCCCAACAUGAUGCCCCCAGGCGCUUUCCCUCCUCCUCCUUUCGGUGCUUUCCCUGGUCGCCCUGGCAUGCCCCCUCCUCCCUUCGGCAUCCCGCCACCAGGUGCCCCAGGUGCCCCGGCCAUGAUUCCUCGUAUGUCCUACCCAAUCCCUCCCCAUAUGUGGAGACCACAAGAUAUCCCCUACGGCCAAAUCCCCUCUAACAUCCCACCCUUUCCAGCCCCCGGAGCUCACGGCCUCCCAUUCCCACCACCAUUCAACGCGGGAACCCCUCCAACAGGUGGCUUCCCUCCUCCCCUUCCUAACAUGCCCCAGGGCGCAAUCCCACCUCCAGGCCCCGGCGGCUUCCCCAAUCUUCCAUUCCCGCCUCCCGGUGGAUUCCCACCUAUGCCCCAGGGCAUGGGCCCCGGGCCUGGUGGUCCUUCGCCUAUUCCUACUGGUCCGCGUGGCUUGGAGGGAUAUCCUCCCCCUCCUGGAGGUGGUCCUCCUCCUGGGAUGGAUCAACGGUGGUGA